AUGUCCAGUUCUGAAAAAGGCCUUUGUCCUAUUUGUCGAGUAACCGUUCAAGUGAAAAAUUUCAAACGUCACUGGUGUACUCAUCAUGAACGAAAUGAAAAAAAAAGAACAUAUGAUGAAGCUUUCAACACCUUAAAGACGAAUAUUUCAAAUCAACACAAAAUUACCACAACACCGUCAAUUGACAAAUUUUUUAACCAUAAUAAACGUCGAUUAAGUGAAGAUGUACAACAAGAAUGCAUAACAACAAUUAUUCAACAAAAUUUUGAUACACUUUCUUCUCCAUUAUUAAGUUCAAAUAUUCACUUGAAUGAAAGCAACAGCGAUAGUUAUGAUGAUAUGAUCGUAUUACGACAAAUACUCGAAAAUAUAUUUGUUCAAUUAGAAAAUGAACAACAUAUUUUUUAUACAAGUUCUAUUAUAGAUAAAAAUAAUCAUUUAAUAUCAACAGAUAAUCCAUCUAUUGAUAUGAUUGAGACUGAAAACAUAAAUGAUAAUGAUGUUUCAAUGUCAUUAAAUGAUUUAAUACAUGAUAUUGUUAGUCCUGAUACAAGUUAUAAAAAUUUUAUUGAUAAUGAAAUAUGUUGUUCAUCGACAUAUAUACCGAGUAAUCGUCCACCUUGUGUUAAAAUAUCAAUACCAGGUGUACAAUUUAUAACAGAUCAAGAAUUAAAAUUUGUUGAUCAACAACGAUCAUUAUUGAACGAUUAUAUUUGGUUACCAGAUGGUGCUGGUGGUGAAUCAAAGCCAAGUUCAACUUGGCUUACAGCAGCAAGAGCAAUCUGGCUUCGUGCAAUAUAUUCGGAAAAAAAAUACGGAUUAUUAUGCAUUAUUUGUGCACAAGAAGCAAAAUGUAACUCAAGAUUAGUGAAAAACAAAGGAGCUUUUAUUUCUCAUCCUUAUUGGAAACUGCUGCACAAAGGACUUGAAGGUAUGAUUAACUAUGAAAAUCUUUCAAUAGCUCUUUAA